GAGCUCGAUCGUCAUCGCACCAUUUUGCCAUCUGUGCUCGCGAAGAACGCGAACGGAUAAUACACACACAACUGUCCGCUCAACUGCUUCGAAACAGCGUGCAAAACUCCUCAAAAUCCGUCCUGAGACCACCACCGGAUCAUAUCGACGCAAGCUCCGAGCCCUCAGAUCCCAGGCAGACCACGCUGCCCAACGCGCGGCGGGUCAAGCAGACGCCGCAUGUGCCCCGAGGAACACCCGUGAGUUUUUGUUCCCCCGUCAUCAGCAUUCGCGGUCCGCGCGCUGCGCGGAGGUUGCUGACACACCUCCUUCGGACAGAAUCUGACCGAUCGCACCAAUCGGAAACGCCGAAGCUGGGUCCCACGCAGGCGGCGAGCCAGCGACCAGCGAUGGGUGGCCUCUCCCCGCAGCAGUUCUGCCUCAAGUGGAACCACCACCACUCGAACCUAGUGACGGUGUUCGAGGAACUGCUGAGCCGCGAGGCCUUCGUCGACGUGACGCUGGUGUGCGAGGGCGUGAGCACCAAGGCGCAUAAGGUGGUCCUCUCCGCGUGCAGCCCCUUCUUCCAGGCGCUGUUCGCGGAGAACCCGUGCCAGCACCCCGUGGUCAUCAUGAAUCAGACGCGGCAGACGGACCUUCGGGCCGUCGUCGAGUUCAUGUACAAGGGCGAGAUCAAUGUGGCACAGGACCAACUCCCGACGUUGCUCCAGACGGCCGAGCUGCUCAAGGUGAAGGGGCUCGCCGAGGUGACCGCCAACGAGAGCCCCGUGCUCGACUCUCCCCCGCCCCACGCCGCCAGUUCCAAGGUGUCCGGCCAGCACGCGCCGUCGCACCACUCGUCGUCGUCUCACCACUCUUCGUCGACGCACCACCAGUCGUCGGAGUCUCAUAUCCCGUCCCAGCGAGCCGUGCCAUCUCACAGCUCGCCCCAGCACCAUUCGCCCCACACCCCACCAACGCACUUGUCCAAGCGAAAGCACACGCCUCCCCCGCACCGCAAGCACGCCGCGUCCCACUCCGAGGAGGAACUGAGCCCGAGCUCCCCAUCGCAGGAUGCUGCGACCUUCGAGCCGGACCUCCAGCCGCAGACUCCUCCAACCACGGGGGCGGCCUCCAAGACGCGCGGCCUGCCCAAGCAGCCGGCGCCCGCUAACCGCAGGACGUUCGACCACUCGUACUCCGACGACAAGACCAACUGGGUCCCGCAUGAAUCCGAUCCAGGCUCCCUCGGUGUCCCUCCAAGACCCGGGGUGGGGCCGCCGCCCCUCCCUGUACUGGCUCCGCCGGAGCUGCCGGAGCCUCCCUUGCCUCCGGACUACGGGACCAUGGAGUUUUCAGACGGUUCACAGGGAAGCGCGCUCAUGGACGAGGGCACGGUGUGCUGCGUGUGCCAGCGCGUCUUCUCGACCAAGGGAAACCUCCGGCGGCACAUGCUGAUGCACCGACCGUACAGGCACAAACACCAGUGCACCAUGUGCCUCAAGAUGUUCAGCUGGCCGGGAGACUUGAGGACCCACAUGAGGGUCACUCACGGGCAGGGCAGGCAUGACAGACACACUCGCAUGGGGCUCAGGCUCCCGUGAGUGGCGCAUUGCAAUGCGUGCACUCGGUCUCUGGUUGUGUUGGGAACAUUGUGCAUCAUAACGCUGUGCUUACAAAGUGACGCACUUGCGGAGUAAUCUGCUUGCAGAGUGACGCUGCACCAUGUUCAACCCUCUUCAAGAGGCUCAUAAGGGCUACGAGCCUCCGUCUACUUCUCAAUCUCUUACGGAAGCUUCGAACUUGUUCACUUCAGUGUCCGUGAGAGAUGGCCGUAAGGCAAAGAAGUCUAGCUCUUUUCAUGAGAUUCGCUGCUGGGCUUUUUUUGCCCUUAGACCGUCAUUUACCGUAAGCUUUUCAUCACCAACAGCUUCUGUGCUACACCGUUCUGCGACCCUGUUCGAGGCAUUUGUGCUGUAGUGAUCAAGAAAUGGUUUCAGUGUGAUGCCCUGGGAUCUGGGUAAAAGCGUUGGGGCUCCGCAAGACCAUCAGACCUGUGUAUAUACCGUCUAUACCUGAGCAGUUAUUGGUGUCCCUUUAUUUAGCGUGAAGUUCUGUGUCACUGAGGCUGUACGAAUGCACAUGAGUUCCCUAUGAUUGAGCAGUGAUAGUGUGUCUGCCUGUGCUUAAAGUGUAGGUUAGUUACUGGAAAUAUAAUUUUCCCAUGAAUACCCCGAUGCUCCUGCUCUUCUCACUUAAUUUCCACAGCAAUACCACCUUUUGUGACAAGGGGUUUUAAUUUUUUACCAGUGUGCACAUAUAAAGCAAUAGACAGAAGCAUAGUGUAAAAUAAAUAUCAGUGCAGCAAUUGCAUGGGCAUGGCAAAGACCUCUAGGGGAAAAAGAGUAAAAAGAACCUGCAGGCCAACACCUUCCAUGAAGAGCUGAGAUCAUGUGUUGAUUCGUCAAUUCUUUACCAGACAACAAA